AUGCCAGACAGAGGUCCCCAGAUCAUCAUGCCUGACAGUGUAGGUCUCCAGUACACCAUGCCAGACAGAGGUCCCCAGCACACCAUGUCUGACAGUGUAGGUCUCCAGUACACCAUGCCAGACAGAGGUCCCCAGCACACCAUGUCUGACAGUGUAGGUCUCCAGUACACCAUGCCAGACAGAAGUCUCCAGUACACCAUGCCAGACAGAGGUCCUCAGCACACCAUGUCUGACAGUGUAGGUCUCCAGUACACCAUGCCACACAGAGGUCCCCAGCACAUCAUGCCAGCCAGAGGUCCCCAGAUCAUCAUGUCUGACAGUGUAGGUCCCCAGUACACCAUCCCUAACAGAGGUCCCCAGAUCAUCAUGCCUGACAGUAUAGGUCUCCAGUACACCAUGCCACACAGAGGUCCCCAGCACAUCAUGCCAGCCAGAGGUCCCCAGAUCAUCAUGCCUGACAGUGUAGGUCUCCAGUACACCAUGCCAGACAGGUCCCCAGCACACCAUGCCACACAGAGGUCCCCAGCACACCAUGCCAGACAGAGAUCCCCAGAUCAUCAUGCCCGACAGCGACGGUCUGUAGGUCCCCAGUACAUCGUGCCUAAAAGAGUAGGUCCCGAGUACACCGUGUCUGACAGUGUAGGUCCCCAGUACACCAUGCCAGACAGAAGUCUCCAGUACACCAUGCCAGACAGAGGUCCUCAGCACACCAUGUCUGACAGUGUAGGUCUCCAGUACACCAUGCCACACAGAGGUCCCCAGCACAUCAUGCCAGCCAGAGGUCCCCAGAUCAUCAUGCCUGACAGUGUAGGUCUCCAGUACACCAUGCCAGACAGGUCCCCAGCACACCAUGCCACACAGAGGUCCCCAGCACACCAUGCCACACAGAGGUCCCCAGCACACCAUGCCAGACAGAGAUCCCCAGAUCAUCAUGCCCGACAGCGACGGUCGUAA